UACAUCAGAUUAAACUUCAAGAUCAACUCUAGUAUUUUGACAUGGUGCCCUCGCAUUUCGGACAACUUGAGUGAAUUCUUCCAAGAACUCAAAUUAUAUUUUUCUGUUGAGUGAGCAACUUUUCGGGGUGUUGAUAAGUAAUCUCGUCACGAAUUUAUUGUUUUAAACUAUAUAUUCUAUUAUUUGCUUCAAAAUACAAAGCUGAACAUGUCUUUACAGGAGUAAGGAAAAGCGAAGACGAUAGAUGACUAGGAUUUUGAGCCUGUAGCAAGCUUUCGCUUACUUUAUUCAGAGAAAUAGACGAUGCUGCGUUUCUUCGUCCAAGUGAAGGCUUACAAGAGAUCACAUAUAGAAUAAAUACACAUGAGAAGCACGUGCCGACAUUUAGUAAAUUGUUUACAGAAAAAUUCCAUCUACAAUUCAAGUAUUCGAAUCUUGGAAUCUCCGAACUUAAUGUUAAAUCACCUUAUUAUAGCGUCUUUAAGGUCCUAUUACAGCAUGCUGGCUCUUCUCUUAAUUCAUGUUCCCCUUUUAAAUGAUGAGUUUUUCGUGUUAGAUUUGAGACUGCCUGCUACUUUCUAUGACAACAGGGGAAAUAAGUAUGUAAGUAUGUCAUAAGAUAGCAUUUUAUGCUCCAUUAUCUUUGAGAACCGAACAACUAUUGUCAAUGGUCAAGUCCUGCUUAAUAUACAUAUGAGCAACAGGACAUACUAUUAUUCUUGCGUAUUAUUUAGUCUCUGACUUUGUCAAGGAAUAAAAAUCAUUUACAGGCUACAAAAAACACUCGGAGAAGGCAGCAACAGUAAGAUUGUUGGCAGUAAACUUUUCUCUAAACAUAUCUGAUCCUUACCUUACUUCUAGAGAACUAGCGAAAUCAUUCAUAUUCCUACCUCUUACGUAGUGUUAAAAGCGAAGUAAAGUAUUUUGGUCUGUUUUAUCUGAUUAAAAGAGAUCGAGAUAAAAUAAAACACCACAUCCUUGAUCUUAUCAAUACCCAAUUUUUUAGAAAAUCAAAUGAAGAAGGAAUAGUAAACAAACACAGUCACGUUGUGAUUAAGACAUGAGGUUAUGCGUAGUCGAUUGUAUUGUUCUGCUGUUUUCGGCUCUAGGGCCGAAUUUUGUCCGAGGAAACAAGCAUACUUCAAAAUAGCGACCAUGGACCGCUGUUUUGUGAAAAAUAUGCAUGACUUCUCAUCCACUUUUCAAGCUUCAUUAGUUUGGAUAAAUUGGUUCAAUUUUGUAAUGAGUAUGAGCACAACAAUGGAUAGUGAUAUUCUGAGUCCUUUUGAUUCAGAGUAUGAGAUAAAACGGACUCCAAAAGAAAUAAAAGAUGCCUUAAUAAAACACAAGAUCAUUCCCGACGUUUUAGAUAAGGCACCAAAUGAAACGAUUUAUGUAGAAUGGAUAGACGGCCCAUGCGCUGAGUUUGGAAACGAAAUUAUCGCACUUCAUGAAAUAGAAAACCAACCACUUUGGGUUAACAACAAGAACUUUCUGAAGCGGCUGAAUACAAUAAUUAUGAUCGGACCAGAUGAGCCAUCACCUCAAAACCGCUCCUCCAGUUUCUUUCUGUAUUGGCUUGUCACUAAUAUCCCUCCACAUGAUUAUGAUAAUGUGCCGGCAACAGCCCAUGCUAUGGGAGAAAAGUUGGUGGAAUACAGAGAACCAAUGCCCCCGCGAGGAACAGGGCUACACCGAUACGUGUUUCUUGCUUUUUCACAAGGCAACAGAACUAUCAACGUCACUAUGCCAAAACUGGAGCAUUGUAAUGUUACACAGCGAUUGAAUUUCAACCUCAAAAAAUUUGUGAAGCGGUAUGAUCUCGGGGAACCGUUUGCUGUCAAUUUCUUCCUUACCCAGUGGCAUCGGCCCAUUUACUUGUACUCUACCGAUGAGCCUACCUCCGAACCAACCACCUUUGUCAUAGAGCAUUUUUCAGAGAAAUCAGGCGGGACUGUUCGUGUAAGAAGUAAAAGAAUCAAGGAAAAGUUUUCUUGAAUAAUCUAAUAAUUUAUUACAGAACCAUUGGGCAUGGAAGGGAAAUAAAAAGCACCCCGUACAAUGGCAUACUGUAAAAAUAAAAUUUCCAUUUUUGUUUUAAAAAAAUAUUUUUUGUCAUUUCAAGCCUUGAAGAAAUUUAUACGAAAUCUUUGUUCAAUUUUAACGUUAUAAUCGUAUUACAGUGCAGGUUAAGUGUGCAUUAUUACUCUUACAUGGCUGAUAACAUUACUUUUAAACAUGAUCUCCUAAGGAUGCAAAACGGACCCAUUAUUGUGUUAUUCUAUUGGUUUUAGACUUCGAAGAUCAUUUUCUCGUAUAAAAAAUCAGUCUCAUUAGGUACCCAUUUAUGAGUCAAGGAUCACUAUAUUUUGAGCUCACUCUACAAGUAUAACUACAGCUUAUUCUUUUUUCCUAUUUAUUACACGAAAUGGUCUCAAAACCGAGAAAGCCCCCCAGAUCCAUAAAUGAUGUUUUCCCAACGAAUUGUGGUGCUGAAUGGUUGACAUCACAUCACAGAAAUAAAAUAACAGCUUCGCACACAAAA